AAAACAGAAAGAAAGGUUUUGGAAAGUGGUCCAAAACUUUUCCAAAGGGAACUAAAGUGGGGAAAACGACAGCGACCGAGACGAGGAAGUCUUCCACGCACCCCCGUGAAGCUUCACUGCGGCAGAGCGGACGGUUUUGUAAUUUUGCUGUUCAAAAUCUGUUCUAUUUCUCCUUUUUGUUUUUAAAUCGACUGUGAACGAAACAUGUCAGGACAUUUCGUCAGAGGACCUGCGUAUGGACUUUCGGCCGAAGUGAAAAACAAGCUGGCCCAGAAGUAUGACCCCCAGAAGGAGGAGGAGCUGCGCCUCUGGAUCGAGGAGGUGACGGGUCGGAGGAUCGGGGACAACUUCAUGGAAAGCCUGAAGGAGGGAGUCAUCUUGUGCGAGUUGAUCAACAAGCUUCAGCCAGGAUCGGUUAAAAAGAUCAACAACUCUCCCCAGAACUGGCAUCAGCUCGAGAACAUCGGGAACUUCAUCAAAGCCAUCACGGACUACGGUGUGAAGCAGCACGACAUCUUCGAAGCCAACGACCUGUUUGAGAACUUCAACUACACACAGGUUCAGAGCACGCUCAUCGCCCUGGCUGGAGUGGCCAGGACCAAGGGCUUCCACACGAAGCACGACAUGGGGGUGAAAUACGCGGAGAAACAGCAGCGCCGCUUCAACUCUGAGAAGCUGAAGGAGGGGCGCAAUGUCAUCGGCCUGCAGAUGGGCACCAAUAAGUUUGCCAGCCAAAAAGGCAUGACCUCGUACGGAACUCGGCGUCACCUUUAUGACCCCAAAACUGGUGUGGAGAAGCCCAUGGACCAGUGCACCAUCAGCCUGCAGAUGGGCACCAACAAGGGAGCAAACCAGUCUGGCAUGACCGCCCCGGGCACGAAGCGGCAGAUCUUUGACCAGAAGCUGGGCAUGGAGAAGUGCGACACCAGCACCGUCUCGCUGCAGAUGGGCACCAACAAGAUGGCAUCGCAGCAGGGUAUGACCGUCUACGGGCUCCCGCGUCAGGUCUUCGACAGAAAGUACUGCGUCUCCCCGGAUUACCUUGACGACGGCGAGAACGCCUACGACCACGACUCCAGCUAUCAGAACUACUCCGACUAGAGCCGUGCGUGGGCGUCGGACCCAGCCCGAUCCGACCCGCCCUGCCCCGCCUUUCAUACUGGCGUGGGCGCUAGGGCGAGUAUCCCUUCCUCUCUCCUUCCCAACUCCUCCCUGCAUUUCUAGUUCUGGCUCUUGUCAGUAGGUGAUUUUAACUUUGUUUUAAAGUAUUGAAAGAUUUUUAAAAGUGACCAAAAAAUAAUCCAUACUUGCCAAGUAUUUUAGUUUUUAAAACCCAGAUUUUACUGUGAUUAUUGAAGCCCUGUCUGGAGUACAGUAGAUUAAUCCCCAGCCUUGUUGAUUGUGUUGGUGGAGGGCUCAGUGGUGUGGGAACAUUCUAAUGGAAUUGCUUCUGCGUUACCCCCAACAAAUUCUUUGUCCUCGGAUUUCUAAAAUACCAACCUGGCUUUUCUUAGGUGUGGAGAUCUCGCAAUUUAAUUGCUGUGCUGUUAGCGGACCUUAUCUUUUGCAGAACAUGCAAUCCGCCCAUAAGAACUUCAGCAAUAGGGAUCUUGAUCUCUUUAAUCCAAAACAGGGGCCGGAUAAUAUAAGAUCUGCCCCAUCCUUUACCUCCAAAAGAAGUCAAUUUCACUCAAGCUGAGGUCACCAUACCAAAAUGGCACUACUUGUUCAGACACACUACUUGCUUUUUUUUUCCCCACCCAAGAUCUCAGACACACACGGUGCCUCUGAUCGUUUAAUUGCAAAGAUGUAGUAUUUCCAAAAUGUUCUAUUGGGUAACUUUCGCUGAAGUGAAUGUUUUGAGUGAUCAGCUGUAAAAGAUCUUAAGAAAACCCCCUAUGUGCCUCUCAGUAAGAAAAUAAUUAUACGAAUUAUUUUAAUUUACAUUGGGUUGGAACACAAAUCAAAAACCAAAGACCUUCCUGGAAGCGAGUUGGACUUCUGUGUUCCAGACAUUCCCCCUUAACCAUGUUUUCUCCCACAAAUACAUUGACCUUUGACCUCAGCUCCCAGGGGUCUUAGUGAUGCGCAUGAUGUUUGUACUGAGUGGGUGGAAUUCUAUAAAUGCCUGGAAGGAGCACGGAGAAUCCAACUGCAUUUUUUGGCCUGAACUGACCCAGUAUCUGGAGAUGGUACUGCGUCCUGUGCAAAACAGUGCCCAUUUUUAGGCAAUAACACCCUAUACCUAGAAUUGUAGGCAGGAACAGGACACAAUUACAGCUAUUGAUUAGCUUUAACUUGCACGUCACUGACAGAGCAGAUCUGCUAUCUUCAGGUGUUCGUACAGUGACAGAUUUAGAGAGAGGUCCCUGUAUGCAGCAGUUAUCCUGUCGCAGUGAUGACAAUCUGACAUCACUCGCAGAUAGAUGCCAGGUUUCGUGCAUCUUCCCAUGCAUCCGUGCAGACUGUCAAGUGCGAAGGUCUGGAUUUGAAACAUGAAGUCACGUUUUCACGAAGGUUCACGAAGGUUCUGGUGACUUUAAAGAGGGUGACAGAAUGUGCUUUAAUUGAUGCCAGUUACAGUAAUCUGCUUUAAUAAUAAUUGUAGAAUUUAGCAACGUGUUCUUUUAAACUCAAUACAACAGACCAGUGUGCCAUUAGUUUGUUGAAAUCAACUCUGUAGCUCAGGUGGGGUUAAAAUGUAUAUGGUUCCCAUGUAAACAUGGUGCAUUGGUGCAAACAGUGAUGGUGAAGUCACAGUUCCUUUCUUUCACAGAGCUCCUUGAGAUCCUGUGAAAUCCGCAUUCUAAAUUUUUUUUUUUACACAGGGGGAAAUCUGUGUGUACAUAUCUGCUGUGUUAAAACAACUGUUCGUUUCCCUAAAGCAGCCCAAGGCUGCCACCUUGUGUCUGAAACCGUUUUGCUGGUUUGGUGCUGGAAAAGGGGGAAUUCCUAACGUGCAUUGCGUAGUUCUGAAUGUCUAUAGAAGUCUAUCCAUCCAAAUUUGCAAAGUACACAAAGCUAUCACCAAGAGUGGGUGGGAAAGUUGUGAAAAUGUACUAUCUGAACUCCUGCUUCAAUAUGGCCAGGCACAUCUGGUCAGACUAGACUGGCUGAAAAGUCUGUCCCUUGUAGAACUUCUAAUUCAUAUGGUGUGGUUAUUUAUUUUAUGGGCUGGACAGCUUUUACAGCAAAAGGCUAGGCUUUCUGUGUUGAUCCUACUAUUGCAUUUUUCAGCUGUUGUAACCCAUCAAGACAUCCACAAGAAUGAGAUUCAUGUAUUCAUUUCAUGUGUUAAUGAAUCACUGUUUUGCAGUGUCAUUGAAACUCGUGUUAUGGCUUUGCAUGUUCCUAUCCAAGAGGCUGCUGCAGUAGUGUGCUGUGACACUGUACUAUUUGGAGACCAAUGCAAUAGAAGCCUUCAUCUCUAAAUUCUGUUCUGUUGCAUGCUGACUCAAAAUUCUCAACAUUCUGCAAAACUAUUUGAUUUGGCUGCACUGGUAAAGAGCAGACAAAAAAAAAAACAAGUACUAAUACUUUCUGCCCCCCAAAAGUCUGCCCCUUCAAAAAGUUGCUCAUAGGCUCACACUCAGUUACAGUUCUGUCAGAGCGGACAGUGUGAUUUUGCCCAGCAGGAGAUACCUUGUUUUGUCUUUAGAGGGCGCUCCGUUCCCUACAGUGCCAAUGCACUGGGCUGAAGGGAAGUGUUGUGAAUUGGAGAUAUGGUGGCUCCUGAUCAGUUGUGCAAUCCAAAGUCAUUUGAUUUUUACCAUUGCCGAAUCCCCACCCCAAGACUGCAUUGCGAGUCUGUGGUUAACUCUGAAGAUGAACCCCAAACUCUAAGCUACACACCCCUCCCCCCCGCGCCCUCAGCAAGCACUGUGAAGUGUGAUCUGUCUGUGACCUGGGCUAGACCCUUGAUGAGUCUGGUUUAGACUCGCCCUGCUGAGGAUGUGCUGUUGCUGUAGUGAUCCUGCACAGUACAACGGGAACGGCAGGGUCAGACAGCGGCCAUCUGUGCUUGGCUGUGGAGCCAGGGGUCACAGGCUGCCGUCUGUGGGUGUGAACUUCCCUAGACAAGUUGUCAUCACAGUAUCCUAUUGCAUUGGUUAUUUCAUGUGCAUCUUGUUAACAUUUCUAAAUAAAAGCCGUUGUACUGGCGAGUGGGGGAGCACACAUGUUAUCUGAAUUGGUUGCCUGGGAAACAGGCAGUAUAGAAGGAUAGGAUUUCCAGCUCUAAUGUUUGCCAUCUUUAUCAGCAGCUUUGUAAUGGUGACCAUUUCCUUUCAACACCUCUAGUCAAAAUUCUUCUUAUCCAUACAGCUUUGUGACUGAUCACAGCACAGGAUUUCUUGAGCUGAUGAAACCCAGUAGCACCACAUAAGCAGAGCACUAAUAUGUGUAGCAGUUUAAAACCGAAAUUCCACAAUGAUGAUUCAACCAACCUUGAAAGUCUUAAUAUAGAAGUUGACAGCUGUUGCUGCGAUGACAUUUGGUCAGUUUUCAAAAUAGGUGGUCCUUGUAUUUCACCAGGAAUGAGAAUGUUAAAUGUUAAUAAACACUUUUUAAAUUUC